UUUUUGCUUUCCCCGUGAAAUGCCACAUCAUAUAAAUCUAGACGGUUCCUUUAAUUCCAAGCAGGAGCUCCUGUACCUCAACGCGUCCUCUCGAAGCGUUAGUGAAUAUGAUCUGAGUACUCCGUCUCCCGACCCCAGAGACCAGGAGAACGCGCUGCUAUCCAAGAGCACGUACCAUCUAAACCCAGAAAGCUCUCCGGAACCGUCCCCCAAGGCUCUAUACAACAAGAACUCCACCAAGAAACGCUAUGAGUGCGAUGACCCCUGUGAAAUUAAAUUCAUUCCCUCCGAAGGUGACAAUGAGUGCGGUUGGGGCAGCAUCACGCCAUCUUUCCUGCAGUUCUGUAACACGUCCAAAGGGGUCCUGUUCUUCCUUUGCGUUGCCUCGUUCCUGCAAGGCAUGGUAGUAAACGGCUUUAUUAAUACUGUGAUCACCACAAUAGAACGGAGGUUUGAUCUCCAUAGCUACCACAGCGGGUUGAUCGCAAGCUCCUACGACAUAGCGGCUUGCAUGUGUUUGACAUUUGUUAGUUACUUUGGGGGCAACGGGCACAAGCCUCGCUGGCUAGGAUGGGGCGUCUUAAUUAUGGGGAUAGGAUCUCUUGUGUUUGCACUACCGCACUUCACGACCGCCGCUUACGAAGGGAGCGUCACAGACGAUAAUGGAACGUGUCAUUCCAACCAGACCCAGCAGCAUACGGAAAGUGCCUCCAAGAUCUCUCAUUACCGCUACAUUUUCAUGUUGGGGCAGUUUCUGCAUGGCAUCGGAGCAACCCCCCUGUACACCCUCGGAGUGACAUACUUGGACGAAAAUGUCAAAUCGAGCUACUCUCCUGUGUACAUUGGUAUUUUUUACACAGCCGCAAUCGUUGGGCCGGCGGUGGGAUACCUGCUCGGGGGGUUCUUCCUAAACAUCUACACGGAGCUCAGCAUUCCGGCUGGGCUCACUCCGGAGAAUCCCCUCUGGGUUGGGGCAUGGUGGAUCGGCUUCCUGGCAGCCGGGGCCGCUGCAUUUCUUAUUUCCUUCCCGAUACUCGGAUAUCCUCAACAGCUCCCAGGAUCUCAGCGCUACGUCGUAAUGAGGAUUUCUGAGGCUCACCAAGUGAACAGCGGAGCCCACAAAGUGGACCCAGACUUCGGGAAAACCAUUCGCGAUCUGCCAAAGUCGCUGCUGAUGCUUCUCAGAAACCCCACGUUUAUUUUCCUGUGUCUGGCUGGAGCCACAGAAGCCACGCUGAUCACCGGGAUGUCAACGUUCGGACCAAAGCUCCUCGAAUCCCAGUUCAGUCUGAGCGCUUCAGAAGCUGCUACUUUUUUUGGUUACUUGGUGGUCCCCGCCGGAGGAGGUGGCACUUUUCUCGGCGGAUUUAUCGUCAACAAACUGAAGCUUCACUGCUCAGGAGUAAUCAAGUUCUGCGUGUCGUGUACCCUGCUGGGGAUUCUGUCAGUCUUCAUAUUUCUGAUCAGUUGCCCCAACAUGCCCGUGGCGGGGGUAACAACGCCGUACCCCGGGAGCGUGCUGCUGGAAGGGAGUCUUAACCUGUCUGCCGCGUGUAACAUGGACUGCCGCUGUCUGGAAGACAUCUACAGCCCCGUGUGCGGCGAGGAUCAGAUCAUGUACUACUCCGCCUGCUACGCCGGGUGCUCAGAAAUAUACACGGAUCUCGGCGGGGGGAGAAAGGUUUAUCAGAACUGCAGCUGCGUCGGGUGGAACGCGUCGUCCGCCGGAGGACAGGCUGUAGCCGGGAAAUGCUCCUCUUCCUGCCAUAAAAUGCUGCUGCUCCUGGUCUUCAUGUUCUGUGUGAUCCUCUUCACGUUCCUGGGCAGUAUUCCUGCAUUAACGGCAACACUCAGGUGUGUGUCGGACAGUCAGCGCUCAUUCGCUUUGGGGAUCCAGUGGAUUGUAGUACGGACGCUAGGUGGGAUUCCUGGACCAAUCGCUUUUGGAUCAAUGAUUGAUAUCUCGUGCCUUUUGUGGCAGAACCAAGGAGGAGAGAGAGGAUCCUGCUACAUUUAUCAGAACUCGGCAAUGAGCAGAUACACGCUCACUGCCGGCCUCGUUUACAAAACCCUCGCUUUAUUAUUUUUUACUCUUGCCUUAAUCCUGUAUAAACCUCCACCUCUCCCCGCGCCAAGCGGCACGGACAAACAGGACGAUGCCGCCAAUGGGCAUCUGGACAAAAACCGUAAAGAAGCUCGAAAUACCUCCUUGACCUCGCCAGACCCCUUAUCCUGAGUCCACCCGGAGGAACCGUCUCUCCAUCCAUCCCCUGUGUAUAAUACAGUGUUGUUCUGCGUCACGGAACCGUCACUGCUUUGUGUUUCUUCAUGUUUAAGAAAAGGGCUAAUCAUAUUCGUUGUCACAUCACCUUCAACACCGAGAAGAAGCACAUGAACC